AUGUUGGCACUGACCCCACAGAUCGUGAACUCGCUCCAAUAUGGGUGUCCACUAGUACUGUAUCUGCCUGGCUCUGGUCUACACUCUGGCUGGUCUCUCGGGCUUGCACCAGUCUCUGGGUCUCACUCGGAGGUUCUCGCUCAGCCUGGCAAUCGGACUUCUUUGGCUUACGUGGCUGGCUGUUUCGUACCCGCCCUUUCUCGUCAUCGAGGCGCUAUGACGAACAGCAAGGUGUGA